GGGCCGGCAUCCGGGCCGUUCCUGACUAUGACAUGCCACUCCCUCUGUGCUUCCGACGGGUCACCGCGCGUCUUGGAUUCUCCCCUGUAUAUAGAGUUCGAAAGGAUACAACUGCGGCCUCAGCCUUGUCCCAUCACCUGCAAUUCCGUCAAUAAUGGCAUCGACCCAACCAUUCGUGUUGCGAUGGGGUGUUAUCUCUACGGGCAGAAUCGCCAUGGAGUUCGUGAAGGACUGCUUGGUCGACCCUACCACGCGUGGAACCACUGAUGUCCUUCACAAAGUUGUUGCGGUAGGGUCACGCCAUGGCGCAGUGCAGAAGGCGGCAGACUUCAUUGCUGCGCACGCGAAAGGGGAGCCCAUCCGUGCGUACGGAACAUACGAGGAGGUCUUCACAGAUCCGGACGUUGACGCUAUCUACAUCGGUUCGCCACACACGCAACAUUACAGCAAUGCACUCGCCGCGCUCCUCGCGGGCAAGCAUGUCCUGUGCGAGAAGGCGACCACGUCCAAUUCCGCAGAGUUGCGGCACCUCAUUAACGUCGCAAAGGAGCGCAGCCUCUUCUUCAUGGAGGCGAUGUGGACCCGCUUCCAGCCCCUGACGCUCGAAGUCAAGCGUAUCGCGGAGGAGGGGACCCUCGGCGACCCCGUCCUCUUGCACGCUGACUUGUCGCAUGACUUUGACAUUCUCAACAUCCCAAAGACACAUAGGAUGCUGGAUCCACAUCUCGGGGGAGGGGCACUUCUCGACCUAGGACCUUACCCCAUGAUCUGGACCGUCCUUGCGCUCUACGAGCACCCCUCGAAUCAGAAAGCCCUGCCCACAUCCGUCAGCGCCUCGAUGGUCAAGACACCCCUCACCGGCGUCGACAUGAGCACAAGCUGGGUCGUCAACUUCACCGAGACGCUCCGGGCACAGGCCAUCCUCACCUGCAGCAUGACGCUGCCCACCGCACAGUUCGGUGUGACCAUCCGCUACCGCAACGGCAACAUCAUUAUCGGCACCCCGAUCUUCAAGCCGUCGCACUUCACCGUCCAGUACUUCGACAAGCCCGGCAGUGGGAUCGUGAUCCGGGAGGAGAAGCGCGUGUUCCAUUAUGCCGGCGGAGGAUGGCACUUCGAGGCGGACGAGGUCGCGCGGUGCGUCCGCGAUGGCAAGAUCGAGAGUGACCUGUGGGGCCAUGACAAGAGCCUCUUGUUGAUGGACACCUUCGAUGAGGUUCGCCGUCAAGGAGGGUACAAGUUGCCCGAAGGUGUUGAGAAGGUGCUCUGAGAGAAGCCAUCUGAAGACGUGUAUCGUAUAUGCAAUAUUAUUCUGGUAUCAACCUACUUCGCGCAUUGUCGGUUAGCAUCGCUGAAAUUUGCGUUUGCACAUGCACGAUCAGCAAAACCGUAAUGUACUUCACUUGACCACUUGGUGUUACCGGAAGGGCUUGUCGUCUUGUAUGGUCGGCAACGGAGACUAAUGUUGCAUUCAACUUCUCAUCCACGUACAACGAAGACGUGACUUCUCGUGA